UACAUUUUGUUUGGUUUGAGUUUGUUUGAUUGAUAACAAUCUAUUCAAUUUUUUUCAUUUAACAAAUUGAUAAUGGAUUUUAUGGAUACAGAAAGUAGCGACGAAGAAACCGUAAGUCAAAGGAAGGCAUUGGACGUACAAAUGCCUCACGAUUUCGAUCCAAAUUCAAUUCCACAAACAGGGGAAGAAUAUCUUCAGCAUGUGAUUUACGAGAGAACUAAAAAGUGCAAGACUUUGGUUGUGGCAAAUGGAGAUUUUAGUAAAUUUGAUAAAAAUCGGACCAUACAUUUAGACAAAAGUUCCGAUGUGCACAAACCACUAGACAAAUUCAUUCCCACAAAAGAAUGGCUAGACAAUGCAAUCAAAGACUUCACUCAACUUAGAAACCUAAUAAAAAACUCAUCCAAAGAUCUUCCAUAUGAAAACGUAACAAACCUUUGCAUUAAAAAAGUCGAAAAUUCACCUCCAGUAUUCUCAGAUAUCACUCGAUACACUCAAGCUUCUAAGAUAAACAUGCUACACGAAAUCACCAGCCAUCUGGAUAAAUUUGAUUCUACCACUGGAAUAUCUGAAAAUCUAGGCACCUGGAUUUAUGGUAUAUUGAUUCUUUUGGAAAAACCUCUGACACCUGAUUGUUGUUUCAAGCUGAGGGAAUUUGCUAAGAAGUGUGCCAGUAUUCGGGCCGAUCUAAAAGAUGACAUUGACGCAAGUGUAGCUGUCCCUCUGAAUUUGUACAUUUGCAUUAUAGCUAGGUAUUUUAAUCAAUUGGACUUAGCAGAUUAAAAGAACAAUUCAACAAUUAGGUACUUAUGUUUUUUUUUUUAAUAUAAAUUCAAUGUUACAUAUUUGCCUAUACAUAUUUCAUAUUUUAAUAAUUAAAAAAAAUUCAAAAACCAAAUUUUUCAAUUAGUGUUUGAAAUCACUCAUAACAAGGAUAACUAAAAUAACAUCUAAACAAGAAACAAUAUAGUAGUAGUAGUAUAAAUCAUAUUUUACCCAUUAUCCAAAAAUCAAAGAAAACUUCUAGUUUAGUAACCCAAAUAAAACAAGUACAAAAAUUAGAACCAAAAGUUUUACAAUUUAGCUUUAGUUUUGGAAGCAAUCUUAUCAACAAUAGCAUGGGCCUCAUUGUAAAACGGAUGGCAGUCCUGCUUGACUCUCUCAAACCAAGUUUUGAUCAGUGGCCUGCCCUCAGUGACAUCAUAACCAGCGAUUCUCGGUUGUUCCAUUUCGCAGGCUGCAAAAAUAUCGGCAACGGAUAUUUGGUCGCCAGUCAAAUAUUUGUGGCCUUGCGAUAGCCAAAGGGUUUCGAUUUCGUCUAGACAAGUGAC